AUGAGGCGGAGGGAGAAACGACUGCUGCAGUUUGCCGGGCUUCUUGUAGCGGCGUUCCUCUUCCUCCCCAACGUCGGCUUGUGGUCGUUAUACCGGGACCGGGUGUUCGACAACCCGCCGGACGUUGCUUUGUCAGCAGCGGCGUCGGUGGACGGACCGGGUGCUCGACCGCAGAUCCAGGAUGUGGUCAAACAGCGGAAAGACAAUCCAGUGGCCCAAAAUGUUUUACAGAGGAUAGACUGGCACGACUACGAUGCAAUCAAAAGGGAUGCCUCAAGAUCUGGUAACGGCGAGCAGGGUAAGCCGUUCCCGCUGACGGAUGCCGACAUGGUGGACCAGGCCUACUGGGAGAAUGGCUUCAACAUAUUUGUCAGCGACAGGAUCUCCCUGAAUCGUUCCAUCCCUGACAUUCGACAUCCCAACUGCAAACACAAGCUGUACAGCAAGAAGCUUCCCAGCACCAGCAUCAUCAUUCCAUUCCACAAUGAGGGUUGGUCAUCAUUACUGAGGACUGUCCACAGCGUUCUUAACCGCUCGCCUCCGCAGCUCAUCGCCGAGGUCAUCUUGGUGGACGACUUCAGCGAUAAAGAGCACCUCAAGGCACCUCUGGAUGAGUACAUGGUCCGCUUUCCCAAAGUGCGCAUCCUGAGGAGCAAGAAGAGGGAGGGUCUGAUCCGGACUCGCUUGCUGGGCGCAGCUGCUGCCAAGGGCGAGGUCAUCACCUUUUUGGACUCUCACUGCGAGGCUAACGUCAACUGGCUGCCUCCGCUACUCGACCGAAUCGCUGAGAACCGCAAGACCAUCGUGUGCCCAAUGAUUGACGUGAUCGACCAUGACAACUUCGGCUACGAGACACAGGCGGGUGACGCCAUGCGCGGGGCGUUCGACUGGGAAAUGUACUACAAGCGCAUCCCCAUCCCCGCUCGGCUGCAGAAGGACGACCCCAGCGAGCCCUUUGAGUCUCCCGUAAUGGCCGGCGGGCUGUUUGCCAUGGACAGGAAAUGGUUCUGGGAACUAGGGGGGUACGACACAGGUCUGGAGAUUUGGGGAGGAGAGCAGUACGAGAUCUCUUUCAAGGUAUGGAUGUGCGGUGGUCGUAUGGAGGACAUCCCGUGUUCCAGAGUGGGACACAUUUACAGGAAAUACGUCCCGUACAAAGUGCCUGGAGGGGUCAGCCUCGCCAGGAAUCUGAAGCGCGUGGCUGAGGUUUGGAUGGAUGAGUAUGCUGAGUACAUAUAUCAGCGGCGGCCCGAGUACCGCCACAUGUCUGUGGGUGACGUAGCCACGCAGAAGGAGCUGAGGAGCCGCCUUGGAUGCAAGAGCUUCAAAUGGUUCAUGAAUGAGGUGGCCUGGGAUCUGCCGCAACACUACCCACCUGUGGAGCCGCCUGCCGCCGCCUGGGGAACGAUACGAAAUGAGGCGAGCAACCUGUGUAUGGAAACCAAGCACUUUGUGUCGGGAAGUCUCAUCCGCAUGGAAAACUGUGGCAAUGCGAGGGGUGAGGUCAGCUGGAGCCAUGGGCAGGUGUUCACAUUUGGCUGGCGCGAGGACAUCCGCGUUGGCGACCCUCUGCACACUAAGAAGGUUUGCUUCGACGCUGUUUCCCACAGCAGCCCCGUCACGCUCUACGACUGCCAUGGCAUGAAGGGAAACCAGCUGUGGCGCUACCGCAAGGAUAAAAGCUUGUACCACCCAGUAAGCAACAGUUGCGUGGACGGUAACGUGGCGGAGCACCGCAUCUUCAUGAACACUUGUGACCCGUCUUCGUCCAGCCAGCGUUGGCUCUUCGAGAAGACUAAUGCCACCGUGCUGGAAGGAUUUAACCACCUGGCCGUCAAUUGA